AUUUCAAUCUUUUAAGCCAGUGUAUGAUCUCAAAUUGAACAUGUGGAAGCCUCUAACCUCGAUUGUAGCCUACGCUUUUUUUGGCUUUCUGAAACUCCUCAGGCAUCCAUUCACUGAACAUGACGAUGGGCCAGUCCAUUCGACUUCACACGCCGGAGGAGCAGAAAGAGCUCAAGUGCCAGCGGAAGAUCCGUGCAGCUGAGACCUUCAAGGAAGAGGGGAACAGCUUCUUGAAGCAGGAGCAGCUGGACAAGGCCGAGGUGAGCUACCGCCGGGCCUUGUCGAAGAUUUGGGCGCUCUACCGACAGCGGAGCGUGGUCGAGGCCGUGGACUUGGGCGUGCGACUGGAUUUGAACCUGGCGCUGGUCUACCUGAAAGUGGAACGCUAUGAGUCUGCGCGGCGUUGUGCCACACGGGUGCUCGAGGUGGAGCCGGAGAACGCGAAGGCGCUCUUUCGCCGUGCCUUGAGCUGGCGCCACGUGGGGCGCCUCAGCGAGGCCGAGGCGGACUUGCAAAAGGCCUCGCAGGUCUCGGACCUGCCGGAGGUCUGUCGAGAGCUGGCGGCGGUGAGAAAACUCCAAAGUGAGGACGAUUCGAGCAUGCUUCGUUCGGGAUUCCUGGAGGCGAAGCCGGAGGAGGUUUCGGUGCAACCAGAGGCGGAAGAGGUGGAGCAGUCAGCCUGGGCAGUGACGGAGCAGGUUCAGGACGCCUUGCAGGACGCCUAUGGCUUCCUCGAGGCCGUGGCCGUGCGCCGCGUGGCCGUGCGCAGUGCCGAGGAGAGGCAGCAGCUGUGCGAACACGCGGACCGCAUCGGCGGCGUCCUUCAGCAAGUGCGACAGACCCUUGAGGAGGCCACCAUCGUCCCUCCUCCAGACACACUAACCACCACACCUGUUGCGGCGGUGGAAGUGACGGAGCUGCUGAGGAAGAUGUUGAAGGGCUUGAGAAGCUUUCGGCCCUUCUUCAGUUUGCAAGAGCGCAGCUGUGGGGAGUUCCGCAGCCUGCGCGUCUGUCGCCAGCUGGGCACCGAGCCCUGGAGUCUGGACGUGGAACUCAUUUGUUGGGGCGACGCUGAGGAGGCCACACCAGAGACCUUUGCCUCGGCAUUGCUGGGCCCUAGCGGCAAAGCCACAUCAGAUGAGGUGAAGUCGUGGCAGCGCCAGCUGUUCGACCGGAUCUUCUUGAAGGAUGCCAGCCAGUACGUGGCAGGUGCCUGCUGGCUCCUACUGACCUCAGCGAGAGCUUCCGGGCUGCGACUGCAGCAUGAGGGUGAGGAGCUGCAGGACUUGGGCCUCGCGGAGGGCGUGUUCUUCUCCCCGCUCCGGGUCGAGGGGCCAUCCGUGGAAGACGCCCCAAAGAUGGGCGCGCCAUCCGGGGAGAUGUUGGCCUUGCUGGCGGGAAAAGACAAGCGGCUUAUACCAGUCCCUUCCUUCACCUCUUUGGGUGUUACACAGAGGUGGCUUUUGGGCAAGCUGCCCAGUGAGGGACAUACACGAGAAAUCGCUUUGGAUCCCACCAGCAGUGCGUUGGGCUUGGAACCUUUGCACCUCGCGACAGAGGAUGAGAGAUACCACCUUCUGAGCUCUCACUUCGGCUCCUCUGCAGCUGCGCUGGUCGCCGGCGUCGGCCACCGACCAUUGCUGCUGGCGGCGGUGUCGGCGCUGGCGCCGGAGUCGAAGUCGAUGGAAGCGGCAGUGAAGCAGCUGGAGAAAAGGCCACCGAACAUGACCGAGAUGACGCACGACGACAGCAGCCGUGCGCUGCUGCCGCGCCUGGUGGCCGCGGUGGAGCACCUGGGUCUCUGUCGCCACACCGGGGACUUCGAGGAGCUCCGGCAGGCCGCCACCGAGGAACUGGUGCUUCGGAAGCUGAGAGCGUACGGCUUUGCAAAGGCGGCGACGCAGCUCGAGAGCCAAAGGCGGCGGUGCAGCGAGCUGCUGGGGAGUUCACCGAUUUGCCCACGGUUGUUGGGAUGGGCGCUGGCGUUCCUCUGUAGCAGCCUGUCUUUGGCCUUCGCAGUGGAGCGACAAGCCCCCGGUGGGCUCAUGCGGCGGAGUGGUGACAAUUUUCGGACCUUGAAGUCCAAGGCCAGUUGGCGCCUAAAAGAGGAGGGUGAUGACAAGCACCGCCUCUUGAUGAAACUCCGUGACCCCCAAACGCGGCGCCGCGAGCGGGCGGAGACCGUGGCUGCGCUGCAGCAACGCAGGCUGCUCACGGAGGCACGUGAGUACACCGUGGCUAUCAAAGCGCUUGGUCAAUUAGGACUCUGGCGCGAGGCCGUGGGGAUGCUCUCGGACAUGGAGCGGAAUGGGGUGCCACCCGACACCAUCACAUACAAUGCGGCCAUCAUGGCACUAUCGCUCAACAAGCGGUGGAAGGAGGCUGUGGAGCUCAUCGCGGAAAUGUGGGCUGCAAAGAUCUUUCCGGAUGUGAUCUCCUACACGAGCGCCAUCUCUGCCUGUGCGAGCACCGGCCAUUGGAAGGAGGCGCUGCAAUUGUUGGCCGAGAUGGAGCGUGCAGGGAUCAAGGCUGACGUGCGGAUCUUCAAUGCCGCCAUCAACGCCUGUGCUCAGGCAGGCCAGUCAAGCCGUGCCCUGCAGCUCUUGGAUGGCAUGUCGGAGCGGCUUCUUGUGCCAGACAUUGUCAGCUACAAUGCCGCCAUCAAUGCGUGUGCGCAGAACGGAGAGUACGAGAGCGCCUUCAAGCUCCUUGAGAGGAUGAAGUCCCAGGGCUUAAGGCCCCAGACCCGCACCUACAACAGCGCCUUGAACGCGUGUGAGAAGGCCUUCCGGGCUGAGGAGACCUUGCAGCUGCUGGAUGACAUGGUGGAGACCAAGACCCGGCCUGACAUCGUGACCUUCAACACCGCCAUGAGCGCGUGUUUGAAGGGCGGCAUGCAGGGCCAGGCCUUGUCACUGCUGGAGGACGUCUCUGGUGUCGGACGUCCGGAGAUGGCUCCGUGGGCUCCGGUGGUCGGCUCCAGAGACGUGGGAGAUCGAUAUGUGGGACGCGAGGAGGAGAUCGAACCAGCUCACCCGGUUUGCACACAAGCUUUGGAGUUGAAUGUUGAUGUUCUGACUGUGAUGGUUGACGAGCUAGAUGGCCAGUUCAUCAGCAUUGAUGACCUCAAACCUGAGGUGAAGAAACUGUUUGAAGACGUUAACUAUGAGCCUGGAGCACGCGAAGUCUACAUAGCAGCCUGGGACCUGCGCCAGCUCUAUACCUUUGCAUUUCGUCGACAAAACGACGCUGCCAAGAGAAACCAGUUGGAGUCUGAUUGCUUUGAGGCUGCUUCACCUGCUCCAUCACCUGACCCGACUCUCAAGUCAGGGAAUGUGCCACAGUACAGAGAGAAGCGGUCAGCUUCAAGUUUGGCUUCAGAAGUGACACCAAAGGCUUCUGACGAGCCAACCAUGGUGGGCUCUCCCGGUGAAAGUCAACUGCAACUUGAUGUGUUGGGCGAGGCAUGCAGCGUUCCAAUGACUGCGGAGCAGCAGAAGGAACUGGACAGUGUCUUGCAUCAACUUCACAUGAUGUCUGUGGAGAAUGAUUUGGCCAAAGGUGGCCAGGGUCGACCUGUUCCAUGUCCUGCUUUGCGCGACAUUUCCGAGGUGGAACCUGAGCAGGUUGCCAACUUGCCGGCCGAGGUUGAGGUCAAGGGCAACGAGAUCCAGAACAACACUGUAGAGCCGGCUUCUGGCAAAGGCUCAGGGGUCGAUGCUGAGGCCAAGGGUGAGGUCCUGAUGAUGGCAGUGGUCCUUCUGGCUUUCACAGAGGGUCUUCAAUGGGAUGAGAUCUAUGAUGCUGCUGAGAUCUUUGCGGGGAAGGGUGUCCUCAGCCGAUGCCUGCUAGCUGGAGGCUAUGCCACAGCAUCCUUGGAUAUUCUUCACUUCACGCCGUGGUUGGCAGAAAGAACUAGAAUGGGUAGGCGCAAGCUUUGCAAGGGGAAUGCAUUGGACUUGACAUCUCCAGCCGGCUUUGGGCUUCUCCUAUCCACGAUAUUGAGGUCCAAGCCUUCAGCAGUCUUCACAUUCGGCCUUGUCUGUUCGAGUUUUGUGGCGGUCUCCCGUGGCACCACUCACCGCUCCUUCUUUCUCCCUUUGGGAGACCCCACUUCAAAGUCGGUACAGCUAGGCAAUAUACUCUGCAGCAGGAUGGUUCUGGCUAUGAUACUCAUGAUAUCUCGUGGCAUGGUGUUUGUCUUAGAACAGCCAUCAAGUUCCCUUGCCUAUCGCCAUCCCAGAUUCCAGCAACUUUUGAAAAUGACAAAUGUUUGGCGGCAAGCCUUCUGGAUGCGUGGCUGGGGUAGUAAUACUCCUAAGAGGACGAUUCUGUGGAGCAACUCCCGUGGGGUGAGGAAGUUUGCAACCCACAAAAAGUAUGCCAAGGGGAAAAAGAAGAACCAGUUGGCUACAGUCUACAUUGAUUCCAAUGGAAAGAAGAGGUAUCAGGGCAAUUCUCGGCUGAAGGGAUCACAGGUUUAUCCUGUGGGCUUUGGUAUUCGCUUCACUCGAACAAUGCCGCUGCUUCAGAAAGAGAAGUCCAAGCCCAACACCAUUGCAGAGGACAAGGUGCCCACCAUCGACGAGAUCAAGCCAAAUGAUGUCUUGCCAUGCCUCGACUCGAUGGACGACUUGUGGAGGGAUGCACGGAUGUCUGAUGUUCUUCACUACCUGUAUGGGGGGACGGGCGUCCAAUUGCCCGACGACUGGACACAGUUCGCUAUGACCAUCCCUCUGCCCCUGAAGCAGGACCCGGGCAACGUGGAGUCUGAGGCGGCUGUCAAGACUACAACGGAGGAGGAGAAUGCUCACGAUGACGACCCCUCGUCGGAGAAGAAGAGCCGCAAGUUGGAAUCUGCUCUUCGGCGGGUCUGCACUCCCAAAAGGGGUUCGGGUAAGCUUGAGGUGAGUCAGGACAUCUACAAGAAGUGGCUAGCAGGGGGAUCACAGCGGAAGGCUCUAUUGGAUGAGGCGUUCAAGAAACACAUCGAGCAUAUGCAGCGUCGGAGCCGCAAAACCAAGAUCCAUGUAGACUCGGGGUUCUACACCAAGGAAAACAUGAAGAAAAAACUUGGAUGGAGUGCGACACGAAUUGCAAAGGCAGUGCAAUACUGUACCCACCCAUCGCGGGUCAAAACCCAUGUCAGGCGGGACAAGUACGAGAGUAACGUGAAAGAGUAUUGGGUUGAUGUUGAGACCACUGGGAGCUUCGAUAACGAGCAUGAAGAGAGCCUGACAGAUCGGACUUGCGUCGAGGGCCAAGCGGCCACCUUUGAUCUUGGCAUUCAGCCAGUGAUGACCCUGCUUCGCACCAAGCCUGUCCCGAAGGAGAAGGCAGCGUCGGCGAAAAACAAAGCGGCAAAGGCUGCCGCCAAAGCUAGCGCUGAGCCUCGAAAGAGGGCAAAGCGGGAUCAAGAAGCUCUGGAAGCGCCAAACCCGAACCGAGCCACUUCGCAGCGCGGCUUCCAACUUCCACUGGCCCAGCAGCAAAAGCGAUUUGUCAUGAUGGCGCAUGUCUACAGUGGGAAGAAGGGCAAGAAGGAGGCCAACCCCAAGCCGCUUCUACGGCUUGUGGACCAUCUUGCCACUGAACUUCGCAUGCUCUUUGAGCAAGGGUUGGAUGUGCACUUUGAGGGAGCCCUUCAGAGGAUCUGGCUUGUCCCCAUCGCAUUCAAAGGCGAUUGGCCGGCGCUUGUGAAGAUCGGGCAGCUAAAUCGCCAUCAUCUUCGUGAUACCCCGACGAAAGAGGGUGGACAUGGUAUUUGUCACUUGUGUAAAGGUGGUAUGCCUUCAAAUGCUUGGCAUGAUGUUUCCUUCGGCAACAUGACCAAGAUGCGCUCUGAGUUACCGAUGCCAUGGCAGCGUGAGCCAGGCAUUGUGAGCAAUCUGGCUCUUGGGGACGCCUACGAGCAUCUGUUUUUUCGCAUUGACUUGUUUCACACAUGCCAUAAGGGGGUCAUGGCCGAUGCAGGGGCGAAUGCAGUCUUGGCCUUGGUCGACUUUGUCUACGAAAAUGAGAGUGUUGAGAAGUGCCUUGAGCUUAUCUACAGCGAUCUGAAGGCAUUCUGUCGCGCUGAGUCGCUGCAGUUGCAUUUGCAAAGCCUCACGCGGACUAUCGUGGGCUAUGCGAAUUCCAGUGCAUUUCCUGCAGGGAACUGGUUCAAAGGAGCAGACACAGUGUCGAUCCUUGCUUACUUGGAACAAAGGCUUGCUGGAGAGAUUCCAGCACUGGAAGACAAAGUGCGUGAAUAUUUUGUGUCCAUGGCUGGCCUGCUUCAGAAUGCCAACUUGUUCAUGAGAACUGUAUACCAUGGAGCGCUUUGGCUGGACGAUCGUGAGCGUGACAUCCUAAUUCAAUCUGGGCGGGCUUUCAUGGCUGAGUUCAUGACGUGCGCGCGUCUUGCGUACUCUUUCGAUAUGUGCAGGUGGAAGUUGCAGCCAAAGUAUCAUAUGUUUGCUGAGCUUGUUUUUGAACUGGAAGUUCAGAAGCGUGCCGGAAUUACUUCCUUGUCGCCUCUUACCUUCAGCACGCAAAUGGACGAGGAUUUGGUCGGGCAAAUCUGCUCCAGGUCUCAGGUCGUUAGCAGCAGAACGGUUCAUGAGAGGACGCUGAACCGCUACCGGGUUGCGUUGUUCACUCAUUGGUAG